AUGCGUCCUCUCACAGAAGAAGAGACCCAGACCCUCUUCAAGAAGCUGGCCGAGUACACCGGCCCUUCUCUGAAAAACCUCAUCGCCCCCGUCGACAACUCCCCCAAAGCCGACCGCAUCGUCUUCCGCCUGUGCCAGGGCCGUGUCUACGCAGUCCUCCUCUCGAUCGCCAACAUUGCCACCUCGAUCGCCCGCGACAAGCUCCUGUCCCUCGGCACCUGCAUAGGGAAGUUCACAAAGUCGGGCAAGUUCCGCAUGCACAUCACCGCCCUGCCCAUCAUCGCGCCCUACGCCCGCCAUAAGAUCUGGAUCCGACCCAACGGCGUCAUGCCCUUCCUCUACGGCGGCAACGUCGUCAAGGCCCACAUCGGUCGCUUCUCCGAGGACUGCCCGGAGCAUCAGGGCAUCGUCGUCUAUAGCAUGGACGACGUGCCGCUCGGCUUUGGCGUCACUGCCCGCAGCACUGCUGACUCUCGCCGGUUGGAUCCCACUGGUGUCGUGUGCUUCCGACAGGCGGAUAACGGAGAGUACCUGCGCGACGAAGACAAUCUUUUCGCAUCUGGAUGA